AGUCCGCGCGGCCCAACAGGCGCAUAGUUAAGGGUCUGUAUUCGUCUACCUGGGACGAGGACCCUCAUUAAGGCAUGCCGCAGAUAGGAUUACGCAGCGAUUCUCCCGUUCGGGGGGCCUGACAUAACGCAAACAAACAAUUUUACAACGUCCAGAAGCUUCCAGGAAGAAAGAGGCACAGGGAGGCACACAUCUGUGAGCUAUUAGGAGUUCAGGUAGCCCAGGAAGGCACACGCGCUCCCACAUUACCCCCGAAAAUUACAUUUCCACGAGUUUACUUGGCCAAACAAACAAUUACAGGAGUUGCAUUCGACCAGAGAAGAGUAUAUGCGGAGGGUGUGUGUGCAGGCGGGAGCGGGGUGUGCGUCCAGGCCACCCCACCAAGGUGUCACUGUACCUGGGGACAUGAGUGAACCUCAGCAACAAGGUUCAUGCGGAAAGUCCGCGCCUUGCGCACCUUCGCCGCCUCCACGUCCUCUGUGAACUUGAGCGGGCUGCGACCUCAUGACCAUCCAUCGGUGCCUCCAGGUGCAGAGCCUUUCACUGAGAAUCCGUAGAAAUCCACCCUCCGUUUGAACCCGCACACGUCACGUGUAUAGCGCUGGGAUUAACAAAAAGAACACAUGUCCAUGUGUACGAUGUCGGAGGCUGGAGUAAUGUAUCUGUGGAGGAAUUUGCAUACCACAGAAGGUCACACUGCGUGCCGGAACGCACCAAGAGUGGAAUAAAGUUCAUCACGUUACAGUUUAUCUUUCUCCUCUUACCGCAGUACGACACCUCUGCUUUCAGAUCAUAUUCUAUUGCUAGUUUUCUUUCCACGGCCAUGGGCGCGAAUACUAUAGUAAAAACACUGUGAAUGCUGCUCUUACUCUCAGCAAUGUUCCCUUGCUGUGCUUUCUAUUUAUUAUUCUUAACACUAGUAUUACUGGGCAUUUAAUUAUAUGUCCAUAUACAGUAUAUUAAUGAAUGAGAGUAGGGAGGGUGGCACAAAUUCCCUUUCACUAUUAAUACAGAGUUUUAGAAGUUGCAUAUUGAAGAAGCUGUAAAAUGCGUGUUUAAGAUUUUUUGGACGUUUUGUGUGUUCCAUAUUUCUGCAAACGCGGUCUGCUUUUGAAACUAAAUGACGCAAACAAGGGAUUGGAGCCCAAAUCCAUGUGAACUUUUGCCAAAUAAUGUUUCUAAAACAAUUAAGAUUAAACAAAUGUCUAUCAUAAACUCUAUGGGGGAAAGCAUCGUAGGCUCUCAUAUACGUGUGAAUGCAUGACAUGUUGAUAUGAAAUAAUAUGUAAAAAUUAAUAGAAAUCUUUGGAGACAAAGUCGACUUGCGCGCUUUAUUUUAUCUUUAUCAUGUACAGAUCGCGGAAGAUUAUUAGUUAAGGAUUCGGCGGGGGGGUGCGACUCAGGGAUCGAGUUCAGUCUCCGCCCAUAGGAGGGCCGACAGAUGGGCACACCCUGCUCGAAGCCUGCGGUUGAUAAAGGGCGCGCGCGUGCGAGCGCAAGAAAGUCUGGAGCCGCCGCACUUUGGAAAGAAGACGGAAAGGGAGCGGAGCGUGUCCGUCCGUCCGUCCGUUCGCCCGUCCGUGCGCGAGCGAGUGUGUGUGUGCGUGUGCGUGUGCGCGCGCGCAGCGUCCAGAUCUGAAGCGCGCCGAGCCGAACCGCGCUCUGCAUGGCUCGUCUUGAAUGAGCCUCUGCGCCCAAGAAGCCGACGGUUCCGCGCACCUUCUCCUAGUAUUUUACCUGUCGUUUUUUUUCUUUCUUUCUUUUUCAACAACUUUUCAAUAACGUUUUUUUUUUUUUUUCCUUCCAUGACUCUUCCUAUUUUUCCAGCUCAGUGAGUGAGUGCGCGCGGCUGCGGGUUUUUUUUUUUUUUCUGCGCGCAAAAAUCUCGCGCUGCCGUGCGUUUUUUAAUAAACUUUUGCCGCAACUCUGCAUGACUGCUCGCGCUGCUCUGUGUGUAUGUGUGUGUGUGUGUGUGUGUGUCGCGCGCACGAACAGAGUCAGCCGACCACCACCAGCCGCAGGACUUGGCUUUCAUUUUUAAUAACUUUUGAUAAUUACUUUUACCGUCGGCUCGCGUCGCGCCGCCUCCUUCGCGCAUGAAUCUCCUCGAGCCCUACCUGAAGAUGUCAGACGAGCAAGACAAGUGCCUUUCUGACGCCCCCAGCCCGAGCCUGUCGGAGUGCUCGGCGGGCUCCCCGUGCCCCUCCGGCUCCGGGUCCGACACCGAGAACACGCGGCCGCCCGAGAACAGCCUGGCCGGAGGCGACGCCCCCCUGGGCGCCUUCAAGAAGGACGAGGACGACAAGUUCCCCGUGUGCAUCCGGGAGGCCGUGACCCAGGUGCUCAAGGGCUACGACUGGACCCUCGUGCCCAUGCCGGUGCGCGUGAACGGCUCGAGCAAGAGCAAGCCGCACGUGAAGCGGCCCAUGAACGCGUUCAUGGUGUGGGCGCAGGCGGCGCGCAGGAAGCUCGCGGACCAGUACCCGCACCUGCACAACGCCGAGCUCAGCAAGACCCUGGGCAAGCUCUGGAGGUUGCUCAACGAGGUGGAGAAGCGGCCGUUCGUGGAGGAGGCCGAGCGGCUCCGGGUCCAGCACAAGAAGGACCACCCCGACUACAAGUACCAGCCGCGGCGGAGGAAGUCGGUGAAGAACGGUCAGGGCGAGGCCGAGGAGAGCGCCGAGCAGACGCACAUCUCGCCCAACGCCAUCUUCAAAGCCCUGCAGCAGGCCGACUCGCCCGCAUCCAGCAUGGGAGAGGUUCACUCCCCAGGAGAGCACUCCGGCCAGUCCCAGGGACCGCCCACCCCGCCCACCACCCCCAAAACGGACGUGCAGGCGGGCAAAGUGGACCUGAAGCGAGAAGGGCGCCCUCUGCAGGAGAGCGCCGGCAGGCAGCUCAACAUCGACUUCCGGGACGUGGACAUCGGCGAGCUGAGCAGCGACGUCAUCUCGCACAUCGAGACCUUCGACGUCGCAGAGUUCGACCAGUACCUGCCGCCCAACGGGGCCGUGCCCUACACGGGCGGCUACGGGAUGGGAGGAGCGCCCGGUGCCGGACCCCAGGCGGCCGUGGCGGCCGGCGGUAGCGGACACGGCUGGAUGCCCAAACAGCAGCAGCAGCAGCAACCUCAGCAGCAGCAGCAGCCGCCGCCGCCUCAGCAGCAGCAGCAGCAGCAGCACUCGCUGCCCGGCCUCGGGGCCGAGCAGGGCCAGAACCAGCGGACCACGCACAUCAAGACGGAGCAGCUGAGUCCGAGCCACUACAGCGAGCAGCAGGGCUCCCCCCAACACGUCAGCUACGGUUCCUUCAGCCUGCAGCACUACAGCACCACCUCCUACCCCGCGGUCACACGCGGUCAGUACGAAUACUCCGACCACCAGGGCGGCGCCGCCUCCUACUACAGCCACGCCUCCGGCCAGGGUGCCGGCCUGUAUCCCACCUUCAGCUACGUGAGCCCUGCCCAGAGACCCAUGUACACGCCCAUCGCCGACGGCGCCGGGGUGCCAGCCGUGGGCCAGGCUACCCACAGUCCUCAGCACUGGGAGCAGACGCAGCCCGUGUACACCCAACUGUCCAGACCCUGAGAGCCGGGCCUCUUUCGCACUCGGUCUCGCAGACACUCGAACACAUGGACUAUCUGAACUCCGCCCCCGCCUCCCCCCUUUGAGACUCUUGCUCUCGGAAAAGAGGGACAAUUUAGCUCCGAACACGGAAAGCUGGACUUGAACACUGAGGAUAUCAGAAUGGCUCACACAGUGCCUUUUUUUUUUUUUUUUUUUUACACUCAGAGUCGUGAUUAUAUAUUUUUAGCCAUAAUUUCAGAAAAAAAGCAAGUUUUAAAAAAAAAAUGGUCCUCUGUGAGGAUAUAAUAAUUUUAAAUAUUUUAGUAUGUACUGUGUAUGUUCUGUCUCUUUUCAGCUAUGUAUUCUGGGGGAUUUAUACAUGUUUGUAGGAAAUGAGAAGCUCGUAUUUUUUAAUUUUAUUUUUUCUCAAAAUCAGUUCCAUAUCACUAAUUGUAGUGCAGUUCUUCCAAGGCCUUAUUCCUUAGAAGUGUUUCUUUGUAGGGAUGGUUGAAAACUUUGCCUCCGCCUUUAUGCGAUGUGCUUUGGUUUUGUGUAUUUUGUAAAGUGCAGAAAAAAACAACAAAAAAAAAAAAAUCAAAGUGGAAAAAUCGAGGAGCGCUCGAACCCGUGGCUCUGCCCCCGUGCUCGUCGCACGUGACGUGGUUUGUUGGCGAAGGGGUUGCCGAUACGCUGCGACCCUGCCCGUGUCCAGGGGGAGUUCGGGGGAGCCGUUUUCCAGAACGGCGCCCCUGCUGGCGAGCGCUGACAUGGCGUUUCCUGUCUCACAUCCACAGCAAGUGUCCUUUGACCCCCGAAUGCCGUCACUAGUUUAACCUUCCAAACCCCUCCACCAAUGUAGUCUUAUUUCUUUUAAUUUAUUUGCAUUAAUUUUAUUUCAAAGUAAUUAUUGUCGUUCUCCUUUAACACAGCUGUGUAAAACUAAGAAUAGUUGCCUUUGGAAUAUAAAACUUUAUAUGCAAACAUGUUAUUUUUUAUCAGAAGGGGGUACUUUUAAAAAAAAAAAAAAAAAAAAAAAUGGUACAGAUUGUAACCAUUCUGUUUAUUUAUCGUUUGUAAAUGUAUCUAUUUUAAAUGUUUAUGUGCUCUUUUUUUCGGUACCUAGUUGUGUACUGGACACUUUCGACUGAGACCUUGAUUUGAACAUUUUAGACAAAAAAAAAAACUGGAAAAAAGCGGAUGCGCUUUCACGAUGAUCGUGGCAAAAAAUGUCACACGUGGCAGGUUUGUGUUUGUCUGUUUUGUUUAUAGUUACCAGCGUUCUUAUUUGUUAAGACUUAACUUCUGUUGCCUAUCGUAGUGCUGAUGCUGACGAUUUAAUCCAGCUGAACAAACCUUGUUUUCCUAGAUGACUUAACACGUUUUGCCUUUGAAGAAGCUUAUCUUUUGUAUGAUACUGUUUGCAAUAAAAGAGAAAAUGUACUGGGAAAAAAA